AUGGAGGGCGAUGGCGGGAGCCCGUGGGCGCUGGGGCUGCUGCGCACCUUCGACGCGGGCGAGUUCGCGGGCUGGGAGAAGGUGGGCUCGGGCGGCUUCGGGCAGGUGUACAAGGUGCGCCACGUCCACUGGAAGACGUGGCUCGCCAUCAAGUGCUCGCCGAGCCUGCACGUCGACGACAGGGAGCGCAUGGAACUUUUGGAAGAAGCCAAGAAGAUGGAAAUGGCCAAGUUCCGCUACAUCCUGCCAGUGUAUGGCAUCUGCAGGGAGCCCGUGGGGCUGGUCAUGGAGUACAUGGAGACGGGCUCCCUGGAGAAACUGCUGGCCUCGGAGCCACUGCCGUGGGACCUGCGCUUCCGCAUCAUCCAUGAGACAGCAGUGGGCAUGAACUUCCUGCACUGCAUGAGCCCACCGCUGCUGCACCUGGACCUCAAGCCUGCCAACAUCCUGCUGGAUGCACACUACCACGUCAAGAUUUCCGAUUUUGGGCUGGCCAAGUGCAACGGACUAUCCCAUUCACAUGACCUCAGCAUGGACGGCCUGUUUGGCACGAUCGCCUACCUCCCUCCAGAGCGCAUCCGGGAGAAGAGCCGGCUCUUUGACACCAAGCACGAUGUGUACAGCUUUGCCAUUGUUAUCUGGGGUGUGCUUACACAGAAGAAACCAUUUGCAGAUGAGAAGAACAUCCUGCACAUUAUGGUCAAAGUAGUGAAGGGCCACCGCCCAGAGCUGCCACCUGUGUGCAGACCGCGGCCACGUGCCUGUAGCCACCUGCUGCACCUCAUGCAGAGGUGCUGGCACGAGGACCCGCGGGCACGGCCCACCUUCCAAGAAAUUACUUCUGAAACUGAGGACCUGUGCGAAAAACCUGAUGACGAGGUGAGGGAAACAGCUCAAGACCUGGAUGUGACACGUCCCCCAGAGCCCAAGAGCGAGGUGGUGCCUGUGUCCACGCGCCUCAAGCGUGCCUCUGCCCCAGCCUUUGAGAACGACUACAGCCUUUCCGAGUUGCUGUCGCAGCUGGACUCUGGCAUUUCUCAAACCAUCGAGGGCCCCGAAGAGCUCAGCCGCAGCUCCUCCGAAUCCAGGCUCCCAUCAUCUAGCAGCGGCAAGAGGCUCUCGGGAGUGUCUUCUGUCGAUUCUGCCUUCUCUUCCAGAGGGUCCCUGUCGUUGUCUUUUGAGCGGGAGCCUUCCACAGGUGAUCUGGGCACCACAGAUAUCCAGAAGAAGAAGCUCGUGGACGCCAUUGUGUGUGGGGACACCAGCAGGCUGAUGAAGAUCCUGCAGCCGCAGGACGUGGACCUGGUGCUAGACGGCGGAGCCAGCCUGCUGCAUCUGGCCGCGGAGGCUGGGCGGGAGGAGUGCGUCAAGUGGCUGCUGCUCAACAAUGCCAACCCCAACCUGACUGACAGGAGGGGUGCCACCCCGCUCCAUGUGGCUGUGGGGAGGCGGCUGCGGGGUGUCGUGGAGCUCCUGCUGGCCCGGAAGAUCAGCGUCAAUGCCAAGGAUGAGGACCAGUGGACAGCCCUUCACUUUGCAGCCCAGAAUGGGGACGAGUCCAGCACGCGGCUGCUGCUGGAGAAGAAUGCCUCUGUCAAUGAGGUGGACUUCGAGGGCCGGACGCCCAUGCACGUGGCCUGCCAGCACGGGCAGGAGAACAUCGUGCGCAUCCUGCUGCGCCGAGGCGUCGACGUGGGCCUGCAGGGCAAGGAUGCCUGGGUGCCACUGCACUAUGCCGCCUGGCAGGGUCACCUGCCCAUUGUCAAGCUGCUGGCCAAGCAACCGGGGGUCAGUGUGAACGCCCAGACACUGGACGGGAGGACGCCUCUGCACCUGGCAGCUCAGCGAGGGCACUACCGUGUGGCCCGCAUCCUCAUUGACCUGUGCUCCGAUGUCAACGUCUGCAGCCAGCUGGCACAGACACCCCUGCAUGUUGCCGCAGAGACAGGCCACACAAGCACCACUAGGCUGCUCCUGCAUCGGGGUGCUGGCAGGGAGGCAGUGACUGCAGAGGGUUGCACCGCCCUGCACCUGGCUGCCCGGAACGGACACCUCGCCACCGUCAAGCUGCUCAUUGAGGAGAAAGCCAGUGUGCUGGCGCGGGGGCCCCUGAACCAGACGGCCCUGCACCUGGCUGCCGCCCACGGGCACUCAGAGGUGGUGGAGGAGCUGGUCAGCGCUGAUGUCAUCAACCUGUCCGACGAGCAGGGGCUCACCGCACUACACCUAGCUGCCCAGGGCAGGCAUGCGCAGACGGUGGAGACACUGCUCAAGCAUGGGGCUCACAUCAACCUGCAGAGCCUCAAGUUCCAGGGCAGCCAAGGUGCCACCACCUCCACACUCCUCCGGCGAAGCAAGACCUAGCCUGCUGCUUGUGGAGACCAGGGUCUGUGUGGGGCUAAUGUCCUGUU